CGACCCGAGGCAUAUGUUGUCGCUCUGCGUUCGUGUUGGAGCCAGAUCCGGAGGGCGCGCGGCGCUCUCGCGCGCGGCGAUGGUGGGCUCGAGCCGGCUUCUCUCAUUUCCCAGUCGGUCGAGCCCGCCGCAGCGCGCUGCGCCCGCCUGCGCACUGCUGCCGCGGCCGUCGGCCCUUGCACUCCUGCAGCAGCCACCGCCGCCGAUUGACGCGUCAGCCCGGAGGUGGAACAUUACGCGCCCUAGCCGGUGGCACCCAAAGACGUACCCUGUGCCGAGCGGGCGGAGCAGGAGGGCGCGCGGUCUGCCAAAGAAGCUCAAAACGAACCGCGCGGCGGCGCAGCGCUUCAAGCUGCGUGGCGACGGGUGCGCCGCUCCACAAGACGCUCGAUCCCCGCCAUCGCUGACGUUGCGCACGGCCUUGCGCCCGCGCCGCGCUGCUGUCCGACUCUUCUCACUCCGCUUUCGUCCUUUCCUGCCCAUGCACCCACACGGCUCUUCCUUCGUCAGGACGUUUACGCACAAGGCCGCGGGCAAGGCGCACCUGCAAGCGGGCGAGCGGAGGCGGGCGACGCUGGCGAAGAAGGCGCCGCGAGUGGUAACGCACAAGGGGCUCGCAAAAAAACUUCGCCGCCUGCUGCCGUAUGCCUGAGCGGCGGGCCGAUCGCCGAUGCGCCUUGCGCGAUGGCGGAGCCACACUCGUGUGUCAGGAGAGUUGGGGCUGGGGUUUAGUGGAGGGAGCUAUUUUUGAAGUUCUCAACACGCGACGACGCGACACGUGCAGUUACCUAGCCUGGGUGUCUACUUUUAGUACUUUC